AUGUCUCUGGGAUCAGGAAUUGUUCCGGACGAGUCCGUUUUCGCUGAAUUGAGAAGACAGUGCAUGUCGACAGAAAACUGGCAAAACAAAUACAAUAAGAACGGAAUGGAGGUGUGGGUCGAGGUGCCCCCCUCAAUAAACUCACCACAAGGGAACAAAACCAGCCUCUCUAAAGUGCACAAAGUCAAGUGUAAAAUUGCCAUUAGUGAUGUAUCAGCUGCCACAAUGUAUGAUGUUCUUCACGACAACAAGUAUCGGAAAACGUGGGACCCUGCUAUGCUUGAGAGCUUCGAAAUAGCUCGGGUUGCACCCAACGCAGACGUGGGCUACUACUCAUGGCUGUGUCCUAAGCCACUAAAAAACAGAGAUGUGAUUACUCUGCGUUCAUGGCAGGCAUCUGAAGAUGAAUACAUCAUCGUGAACUACUCUGUCAAGCAUCCGAAAUACCCUCCACGAAAAGACUUGGUGAGGGCAGUCUCUUUUCUGACGGGUUACUUAGUGAAACCAACCGGGCCUAACAGCUGCUCUUUCACCUACGUCUCACAAGCUGAUCCUAAGGGUUCCCUUCCCAAGUGGGCAGUCAACAAGGCAUCUCAGAUCCUGGCUCCCAAAGUUAUGAAAAGCGUGCACAAGGCGGGUCAGAACUACCCUGCGUGGAAGGCACUGAACUCUCCAGAACACAAGCCCUGGCUAUACCCCAUACAGAGUGAACUGCCCAUGAUGGAUCCAGCAGAACUGACCCUGCAACGUGGAGAUUCGCUGGAGAAUGUGGAUGAGAGUUCAACCUGGGACACACAGGAAAAUGAGGACAGUAGUUGAAGCGUGGCAAAGUAUAACGACGACAUGGACUCUUCCCAUUUAGACCCCCCCCUCCUGACCAGUUUGUUUGUUUGUUCUUUUCCUACUAUGUACCUGAUCCCUUUUGCUGGAAUAGAAGUGUUUAUAGCCACUGCUAUCUGUGGCAUGUAUGAAGUGACUUAUGCGUUUCCCAUGUUUUAUACAGAACGCAUAAAUCCAGAUUCUACUGAGAGCUCUACUCUCAAGUAAGCGCACACAACUUAUGAACAAACAAUUUAUUUAUUUCUUCUUUGCUUCCUUAGAGUUUGAAUAUGCUUGAGGUUGCCAAACCUGAGAUUUUUUAAAAUUCUCCUAAUCCCUCUCUCUCUCUCUAGAGAUCAGCCAAAGUAAUAAUAUUGCCAAUGUGUUUUAAUUGCUUAAAAUGAAGGUAAAUUAUAUUUUGGUCUUGUUCUGUAAUUAAAAAGUAAAUAGGCUUUUAUCUACCUUAAUGAUGUAUCUACUUACUUGAGACUAAAAAACAAAUGGCCAGUGUAUUUAAAAGUUGAAAGAACUCUACAACAGUGGAAAGGUUACUUGAACUCAAAGUACGGAAGCACAGUCAUCCUUAUGCUUCAUACAUCUGUUUGCACACCUUGUCAAAGGGUGUAUUUAUAUUGGUGUGUGUGAAAUGGUUAAUUUGAUUUUAGAUAGCGAUCCAGGGAAGCAAGGUGCUUAAGUGCUGUACAAUAUGAUUGUAUGCCUAUUAGAAAAGGACUGUCAGUUUGUAUUACCUCAGAUUUAUUUAUUAAUUUAACUGAUUGCUAAAAUUGCUGGUGAGAGAGAUGGGCUAACAUACAAAGGCAUAAUGGCUUUAUUCAUUAGUCCUAAAGCUAUCCUGUAAGAAAGUUGUCUCCAGUCCAAGGGACCCCCAGUUAUGCAUGUUCUGUGCUGACUCAAGAAAUUUUCUAUUAUGCUGAUGAGUUGACUUACAACAUGAUGCAGACUAUGGGAUUUCCUGGUAUUUUACAAAGCAGCAUUAACCCGACAGAUAACUAAAUCCAAAGGUCAAGCAUAUCCAAUUUGAUUAGAGAUAGAGGGUGCUCUCUAUCAGCUUUCACGUUCAGCUUCUUUUGUCCAGUUGCUGAAAAAGUCCUGCUCUGUGAAAUACCCAUUAGAACACUAGUUUAGCUUCUGAAUGUUCUUAAAGCAAAGAGAAAAAGCAAUACUGCAAUAAGCCAUACUGGCACAAACACUGUGAUGUCCCAUGCUUUUGUUUCUCAGAAGUAACUGUCUUCCCCACCUUCAUCCGUUCAUUAAAUGGGGUGCCAUUUUGACCAUUUUGAGAACACUCUGAAAAGGGAUAGAUGUGUAUGACACAUGAAUGGAAUAUUAUAACAAUAAACUUUUUAUGGCCUCUCUCCUCA